UCCGCUGUAAAGACCGUCGGAGCUGCGUCUCAAAGAGUCAGGUCUGUGACGGACGCUCUCACUGUCACGACGGCUCGGACGAGUUCGCCUGUGCAGCUGUAACUGCUCCUGCUCCUCGUGUGAACGUCCUGAAGUGUCGUGUGGGCUCCAGACUUUGUAGAGACGAGACAGAAUGUGUUCUCUUUACUCACGUGUGUGACGGAGAGAGAGACUGCAGAGACGGAUCAGAUGAAGAAGAAUGUGAUGCUGCACACAAUGCCGCUACUACAGAAAAUCCCAAAACUACAUCUCCUGCACCAGUGGUACCAUUGACUGAGCCUCCAACCAAACCACCCUGCACCAGUCCCUCAGUUCUGUGUCCAGGUUCUUCUUUAUGCAUCAAACCAACACAGAUGUGUGAUGGAAAGAGAGACUGUCCUGAUGCAUCUGAUGAGAACUGUGUGAAAAGAUGUCCCUACAUAACCGACUUCCGCUGUAAAGACCGUCGGAGCUGCGUCUCAAAGAGUCAGGUCUGUGACGGACGCUCUCACUGUCAGGACGGCUCGGACGAGGUCGCCUGUGCGGCUGUAGCUGCUCCUGCUCCUCGUGUGAACGUCCUGAAGUGUCGUGUGGGCUCCAGACUUUGUAGAGACGAGACAGAAUGUGUUCUCUUUACUCACGUGUGUGACGGAGAGACAGACUGCAGAGACGGAUCAGAUGAGGAACAGUGUGUCACCCAGCCCUCAACUCAACCUCCCCACCAGCCGACCUGCAGCAGUCCCUCAGUUCUGUGUCCAGGUUCUUCUUCUUCAUGCAUCAGCCCAACACAGAUGUGUGAUGGAAAGAGAGACUGUCCUGAUGGAUCUGAUGAGAACUGUUUGACACGAUGCCCUUACACAAAUCAGAUUCUCUGCAAUGACCGGAGGAGCUGCGUCUCAAAGGAUCUGGUCUGUGACGGCCGCGCUCACUGUCACGACGGCUCAGACGAGCUCGACUGUCCGAGCGAGUCUCCUCCUGUGUCUCGGACCAAUGUCCUGAAGUGCCGGAGGGGCUCGAGGUUGUGUAACGACGGCGCAGAGUGUGUUCUGUACAGCCACGUGUGUGACGGAGAGGAGGACUGUGAGGAUGGAUCUGACGAACGAGCGUGUCCCGAAACCUGUAAACAAGAUGAGUUCCGGUGCUCCCACGGGAAGAUGUGCAUCCCUGCGGCUCAGGUGUGUGACGGGAAAUCCCAGUGUCGGGACCAGUCUGAUGAGCUCGACUGCCGGCAACAAACCAAGAGCUGCGAGUAUCGCUGUCCCGACGGCGAUCGCUGCAUCCCCAAGAAGUUCCUGUGCGACGGAGAGAGAGACUGUGUGGACGGCACGGAUGAGGAAGGCUGCGAAGACCCUGUGACCACAGCUGAGCCUCCUCUCCGCAAUUUCAAGUCGGCUUGCGUGGCACCUUCAGUCCUCUGCCCCGGUUCAUCCAUGUGCAUCGCUCAGGAACAGCUGUGUGAUGCACGAAGAGACUGCCCUGAUGGAUUUGAUGAGAAGGACUGUGUGUUCCAGUGUGAAAACAGAGAUGACUUCCUGUGCAGCGACCGGAGAAAGUGCGUCUCCAAGGUGGAAGUGUGCGACGGACGUUCCCACUGUCCCGACGGCUCUGACGAGAUGAAGUGUCCGUCAGUUGACUCCUCCUCCGAUGUGCUCAACGACAAAUCAGCCCCUCUGAGGUGCCUCAAAGGUUUCAAGCCGUGUCAAGACGGCCUGGACUGUGUCAUGUACAGCCACGUGUGCGACGGAGAGAGAGACUGCCACGACGGCUCAGACGAAGAAGGAUGUGCUGUUGAAUGCAAAGAAGGUGAGUUCCAGUGUUCUCACGGGAAGAGCUGCGUCCCACUGGAGCAGGUGUGCGACGGGGAGUACCACUGCCAGGACCGGUCUGAUGAAAUGGACUGUUCCAAGAUGAGCGACGGCUGCCAUCAGCGCUGUGACAACAACACCCGCUGUAUUCCCAAGACCUUCCUGUGUGACGGCGAGAGAGACUGCGCUGAUGGGUCGGAUGAGGAAAAGUGUGGUCUGGUGGCCUGUGCCAGUAACCAGUAUCGCUGCACCAGUGGUCACUGUGUAUCUGAGGCCCUGAGGUGUGACGGAUACGCCGACUGCAGCGAUCGCUCCGAUGAGAGGGACUGCACCAGACCCCCCCGCUGCCCGGCUCACCUCCGGUGCCUGCACAGCCACGAGUGCCUUCAGAAAGAGUGGCUCUGUGAUGGAGAGAACGACUGCGAAGACGGCUCAGACGAGAAGAACUGUGUGAAGCCUGCAGCAACGUGCAGGGAAUACCAGUGGCAGUGCGGAGACCGCAGCCAGUGCAUCCCUCUGUCCUGGAAGUGUGAUGGGAAAAAGGACUGUGACAACGGAGCCGACGAAGACAAAUGCCGCCAGAGCAACUGCCCCUCUCCCCUUUACCGGUGUGGCAGUGGAGAGUGUGUGGACCCUGGCCUGGUGUGUAACGGCUUCACCAACUGUGCCGACAGGUCAGACGAGGGCGCGGGGUGUGCUCUACGCAACUGCUCCAGCCCGUCAGCUCCUCGGUGUGAACACGGCUGCGUCAGCACCCCUAAAGGAGCGAGGUGUUUCUGCGCUGCUGGUUUCACGCUGCAGUCCAGCGGCCUGUCCUGUGCUGACAUUGACGAGUGCAGCAUAGCGCCCCACGCUGUUUGCAAACACAACUGCCGCAACACCCGUGGGUCGUAUGCCUGCGACUGCAACCAUGGUUUCUUCCUGGAGCCUGACAAAAAAAGCUGCAAGACGAAGGACGAACCUUUGCUCCUGGCGUCCGUGCAGUCGGAGCUGUUGCUCCUGGGAGUCCACAGCAGCACCUUGCGUCUUCUCUCCUUCGCCAAUCGGCCGGUCUUCUCCCUGGAUUACCACUGGGCGCGGCAGAGGGUUUACUGGCUGAGCCCCGACUAUCAGAGCAUCCGCUGGACUGACAUGAAGGGCUCCAAUAACAAAGGAACACUUAUCAAAGGAGUGAAGUCGGAUUUUAUCGCCGUGGACUGGGUCGGUAAGAACCUGUACUGGGUGGACGGACUCGUCGGCCAGAUUCUGGCUGUGAAGCUCAGCGACACGACGGUGGGAUCUCAGGACUACACCGUGGUUCUGGGAGAAGGUCUGGAGCAGCCGAGCUCACUGGUGCUGCUGCCACACAGAGGGCUGAUGCUGUGGUCGGAGAUCGGCAGCACCCCUCAGAUCGAGCAGUCUGGUAUGGAUGGUUCCCAGAGGAAGGUGGUGGUGAGUCAGGGGCUGAGCUGGCCCGUCAGUUUGGCCUAUGACCUCCUGGACGACAGGGUUUACUGGGCCGAUGAGAAGCUGCGCUGCAUCGGCUCGGCCUCCCUGGACGGAGACCAGGUCAAGAUUCUCCAGUUAGCUGAAACUCCAAGCCCUUUCUCUGUGGGGAUCUUCAACGACAGAUUGUUCUGGUCUGACACGAAGAGGAGAACGAUCCGCUCGGCUGAUAAGAACACUGGCAAAAAUCAGAAGGUUCUCCUGAAGAGACCCGGACAGCCAUUUGGACUGAAGCUGAUGCAUGCCCUGUCCCAGCCGGUCACACCCAGCCCCUGUGAUCUUCUGCCUUGCUCCCACCUCUGCCUGCUGGCUCCUGCACAAAGAGGCCAGUCUGGAGCACCAGGAGCUCCAGUGGUGAGGGGGCUCACGGCAGUUUGUCGAUGCCCAAAGGGGCUGCUGCUCUCCAAGGACAAGAUCACCUGCUCUCUGCCGAUGGAGUCUUCAUUCAUGCUGCUUUUGUCUCCCACCACAGUCUAUCAGAUUUACCUGCACACCCUGCAAAAAGAAGGCGUUGCUCUUAAAAAAAUGCCAACCAGUCGAGUUUUGCCUCUUCCUGGAGUAACAGAGGCUUCAGGCCUGGACGUGUCCAUCCACGAGUUCUCUCUGUUCGUGGCCGAUGCAGGACAAGGAACUGUGGAGGUGUUGAAACUGAGCGGCUCCAGGUCCAGGCAGGGGCUGACACCUGCUGGACAAAUCCUGAAGCUGAAGGAGGAUGCAGUCACAGCUCUGGCGGUCGACUGGGUGACCUCUAACCUCUACUGGAGCAGCACCAGUAUGCCUGACCUCCACGUGACCUCCCACCAAAACGGGUACACCACCUCUCUGCUGCAGGGAUCACUGGUGGGAACAACAUCCAUCGCUCUGCACCCCCCCUCAGGACGACUUUGCUACACCGCGAUAGUUGCGUCCGAUGAAAAGAGCCGGACAGAGGUGAACUGCGCCUGGAUGGACGGCCGGGACAAGGCGGUGCUGUCGAGGAAGUCGCUCAUCCCCACCUCGCUGGUCUUCUCUCAUGAAGGAUCCACGAUCUACUGGGCUGACCCGGGUGAGGGGGUGAUCAGCUCUAUGGGAGUGGAUGGAUCAGGUUAUAAAACGUAUGAAACAGGACCAGGUCUGCUCAUCUCCUUCACACAAACCGAGAACUUCCUCCUCUGGAUCACUCUUGACAAAGAUGUGACCAAACUGUGGUUCAGUGACGGACUUCAGCCUAAACAGCUGUGGUUUGAGACCAGGACCAGACUGGUGGAGGUGAGGGCCUUCAGCAACGACACCCAGUCCGGAACAAAUGGCUGCUCGGACACUAACGGUGGGUGUGCCCAUCUGUGUCUGGCCUUUCCCGGAGGUCGCACGUGUAAAUGCGGCGAGGACUUCUACAGCGUCGGUGCUACUUCCUGCGCCCGCCUCCACGACUGCCCGGACAGGGAGCGGUCCUGCUUUGAUGGAACCAAGUGUAUCAGCAGCAGCAGGUUCUGUGACGGACGCGUGGACUGUCAGGACCAGUCUGACGAACUGGACUGUCCAAACACGAACAAUUUCGGGAGCACAGCCGGUGAUGACCGUCAUCAUGACUCUAACUCUCCUGAACCGAACAUCCCACAACAUGAGCACGCUCUGGAGUUUAAAGACUGUGAUCCCCAGCGCUGCCAGGGUCAAGGUCACUGCGUCACUGAGGGUGAAGUCGCUCGCUGCCAGUGCUCGGCCGGGUACAGCGGAGAGUUUUGCCAGGAGACGGAAGGUGGACACCAUCACGGGGGGGUCAUCCUCGGCGUCUUCAGCCUCGUGGCCUUGUUGAUGGCGGCAGCCUUUGUCUUUGCAAAAAGGAGAGCCUGGGCGUCCAUCAGGAGCAGAUCCAUUGAGAAGGAAACUCUGUUGGCCAACAUGGGUCUGCCGUGUGAAAACUACGAUUCUGAAUCUGAGGAGCUGGAAUCCCCAGUCGACACCAAGAACCCAGCGUUUAUGUUAAAGACGCUCAAACCUCAAUAAUCAUCUGAAUCCGCUGAGAUGUGGAAAAGUCACAUCUGAUCCUGGAUUUCAACAUGCUGAUGAAGACUGUAUUGUAAUAAAUCAAAUGUAUUAUGAACAAGUAA